AGGACGCAGAGUCAGUUGAAGGAGGUCUCUCGACAAAGUGCCGAUGACAUCUUUAUUUAUACCAUUUUGCACAAGGAUAUGAUUAUUUUUUAUUUGUUCUUUUGAUUAACAAGCAUAGGCAAGCUUUUUUCUUUCUGUUUCCUUCUAAUCUAUACGUGGUUAGCCAACUGUCAGACAGGUGACCUUUUUCUGUUCCUUGACUGAAACUUUUCCUAGCAACAUGUACCUGAUUGUGUCUCUCAUUUCUAUGCAAUGCAGUUUCUAAAUAAGGCAUGUGACUGCAGAAGCAUGCAGCAUGAAGCAGUGACUAUGGAGUCUAUCAGCUCAGGGUGAAAUACAGGUCACUCACUGCUACAGUUAGCUAGGCAGGUAUCAUCAUCUAUAUUUCUAAUGCAAUGGGUACAUUUGAAUUAGAUAUAUGUGCCCUCAUAGGACACAGUAGGCAGCAAAAUAAAUUUCCCUACCUUAUCCAUAUUUCUCUUUCUUCUGGGCGGAUACCAAAAUUUCCCUGAUGUCUACUAUGCAGGUCCCCAUGGCCUCAUCACUGUAGGGACUAAACAAUCUCUUACGUGGUGAAUAAUGCAGGGGCACUCAUAUCACAAAAACUAUUUCUAUUUUACUCAUGUAUUAGGAACUAUAAACAAUCAAGUCAGAUAUGAUUAUUCAUUUGAUUUCUCUACUUUAUAUGUGAAUCCUACAUAGAGAUAGAUGCAAGAUAAAGACGGAAAGCAUGAUUUAGUGCUGUAAGAAAGCAAGUGUAGAUGAUCAGGUCUGUGCCUAUAGACUAGGUAUUAAUCCAAGUUAGACAAGGGCAACGAAAUGUCCACGGGUGUAGCAGAUUUCUCUCAAAACUGGGGGGGUGAGGUUCUAAGCCUCACCUCUGUUGGCCCCCAUUUUCUCACCUGAUGGCCCCCCUGCGACUGUGCCUGUCUUAGGUUGUUCCUCCCUUGAGGAAUCUUACCCGUCUCUGGCUAACCAGCCAUCUUCCGGGGCCAUACAGGGAGCUGUAAAGCUGGUGAGAGAGAAGCCAUAUUCUUUGAAAAGGUUAGCUUUUCACUUUGCAGAUUUAUGCUCCGUGACUUCUAUGCCCAGCACUUGUCUUGAGGUAUCUUUACCACUUGGAAUAAUUAUGGUACUUGGUAAUUUCAUGUAUGAGGCACGAAUUCUAGUAAAGGGCUGUAAUUAGGAAGGAAGAAGAAAGCUAUAGAAGUAGCAGAUGGAAGAAAACAUGAGAAGAUUGAUUAAGUGUCAGACAGGGUUAUUCUAUUCAGUAAUCUCUCUUAACUCUAUUUCCUUAAUUUUCCUUUAGAACUCUUCAUCACUAAUCUCACUAGCAUUGCAAACAAGGGGGGCAUUCCCACUCAGGUGGAGAUGGGGUAGUCAAUGUUUGACUAGCUACCUGCAGGUUUUGGUAUUCUAUGCCAGGAUCGCCAUCUGGCCUCUGCAUGUUCUAUUCUUCAGGAGCACUGUCCUGAAAAGCUUCUGGGAAGUUUAUGUUCUCCUUUCCAUGCUGCUUAUCAAAGGUUGGCUUAGUCUUUGGCAAAAAUGCAAGCAAAAGCAAAGCCAACAGUAUAAUGGAGAAUAACAAAGUCAAGGUGGGUAAUAGGGGGAGCCAGCUGCAAAAGCCCUUGCUUUGCGGGGGUCUUCCUCCAGCCUGAGCUUUGCUACACAGCUUGAGUAGCAUGGCUCCUGCCUUAUUUUCAAGCAGUUAUAUGUACAUCAAUUAAAUAUAAAGCCAUCUGUCACUUCUAUGGAUUUGGUGUAGGAGAGUACUUCAGAGUGCUCUCAGUUCACCACAUGCAAUGGCAGUCCAGUCAUACACUUUGAAUACUGCCUGGGGGAAUUAAUGUGGCUGGCUCUCUGCUCUGAGAGUCAAGAUUUGAUACCAGAUGUAUAGGAAACCUGGAAGUAUAUGGAUGGCCACUUUGAACAGAAGUAUAAACCUUGGUCAUGUGCACAUUAGGCCUCUGCCUCUAAAACUACUUCUUUGAAUGGUUGCAGGAAACUGAUGCUUUCCAGGAUGGUUAUCAGGAAGCUAGAAGCCCUGGGAGCACCCAGGAAAGUCUCUGGGAAAAAUUUCCACAGUGGAUACAGGUCUGUGACCACCCAGAGCCAGAUGGGGUGCAAUUCCAAGUUGGAAGACCUCUGUUUUCUUUUUUUAAAAAUGGGAUUAAUAGUGGCUGCCAUCUUCUGGGGUCAUGGUGGGAAAUGAGAUAAUAUGUUUGAAAUUUCAUUUGUUUAACCAAAUAUCCAGUCAAUGCCUGAGGAGGCAGGAUAUCUUUGAAAAAGUUUGAGGCAAGAUCUCUGUAGAUAAUGGGGCAUUCAUAAAUUCAUCUAGAUUUCCACCUCCACUGGUAGGUAGGAGUAGAUAAGAACUGCAUUUUUAAAAUGUUACUCUGAUUGUGUAUUGGUGUGAGGGGCACUGGAUGGAGCCAAUUCCAGACCCUGGGGGGCCAAUUAAGAGGCAAUUGCAUGAGAUUUCAGGCAAGAGAUGAUGGUGGGCUAGACUAGGAGAGGGUCAUCAGGGAUGGAAAGGAAGGGUGUGUGGAAUUGGGAUUUGAGCUGAGUAGUUGAACUUCUUUUUUGUAGGAUCCCACAACUGAAGAUUUAAUUCAGUUAUCAGGCAACAUAAAGACAUUUAAUUCUACAUGGAUUCUUUCCUUCAGACAGUAGAGGAAAUUGAAGAGCUUCUUCAGGACCUCUCUGAGACAUUUAAGACAAGAACCCCAGCUGUCCCAGAGCCACAGCUCUAUAUGCCUCUGACUGUCCAUGAUGAGGAUGGACAACAUGAGUCACCCCAGAACGAGGUGGUGACUCCGAGGCCCACAGUGAUGGCUUCAGCAUGUCCUAGCAUCCCUGAGACAGUCCUUGUCCAGAACCAAACAGUACCCUCUGUUAAAGCCUUGACAUUCCCUGGACUCUUUAGAUUUUUUUCUGUGGACCAAAAGAUGACCUCCUUUGAACAGAGAAAAUCAGCAGAAACAUCCCUGAUGACAGAUGGCAAUGACAACCCAAAGGCACUGUUCACUGAUUGCCAAAAGAUAACCACCACUGCAGACAAGAUGACAAUCCCCAAUGAAAGCAGCCAGAUGAAGACCCUCAGCGAUGACCAGACCCUCUAUGGAGGCCAGAUAAUAACUCUUAAAGGGGUCCACAUGAAGACAUUCAGUGGUGACCAGACCCUCACCAAGGGCCAUACAGUGACUUUCAGUGGUAACCAAACCCUAGAUGGGAGCCAGAUGACAACCCCGUGUAAAGAGCAGUGGAGAUCCUCAGUGAUAACCAGACCCACAGUGGAGACUGGGGCUAGUGGAGGAAGGGAUGCACGUGGAAACUCCCCGUUGAAGAUCCUAUGUGAUGACAAGAUCCUCUAUGGAAGCCAGAUGACCUUCAGUGGUGAUCAGACUCUCUAUGGGGGCCAGAUGAAGGCCCCCAGUGCUAACCAGAAUCCCCAUGGAAGCCAGAUGGUCUUCAGUGGGGACCAGACCCCCUACUGAGGCCAGAUGAAGACUCCCAGUGAUGACGAGAACCCCCAUGGAGGCCAAAUAACCUUCAGUGGGGGCCAGAUGAAGACCCCUAAUUAUGACCAGGCCCUCUAUGGAGGCCAGGUGAAGGCCUCCAGUGAUGACCAGACCCUCUUUGGGGGCCAGGUGAGGGCCCCCAGUGAUGAUAAGACCCUUUAUGGAGGCUGGAUGGAUCCCACCUGUGGUGACCAGAUGUCCCAUGGAGGCCAGAUGACCUUCAGUGGGGACCAGACCCCCUGUGAAGGCCUCCAGUAUGACCAGACCAUCUUUGGGGGCCAGGUGAGGGCCCCCAGUGAUGGUAAGACCCUUUAUAGAGGCUGGAUGGAGCCCACCUGUGGUGACCAGAUGUCCCAUGGAGGCCAGAUGACCUUCAGUGGGGACCAGACCCUCUGUGGGGGUCAGAUGACCUUUAAGGGGGAUUGUAUGAUGACCUUCUCUGAUGGCCACACUCUCUAUGGAGGCCAUAUAUUGCCAGAUCAAUCACCAUUGUUGCCGUGCUCAGGAGUCCCGUACUUUCCAAGUUGCCCUUUGAUCCAAUGGCAAUCCAUGGAAAAGCAGAAGAGUGAUCUCAAAACCCAGAGAUGUCAGUUCCAAAAGAAACCUGGCACUUCGAAGGCCUACACUUGUGCAUACCAGGACUGUGGGAAAUCAUAUGCAAAGCCUUCCCAACUCCGAAUCCACGAACGCAGACACACUGGGGAGAAGCCCUACGAAUGCAAUGUGAAGGGAUGCACGUGGAAACUCCCCCGUUCAGAUGAGCUCGGCAGACACAGGAGAAAGCAGAGUAGAGAGCGACCCUACCUGUGUACUAAAUGCAACCGGAAUUUUGCACAAUCUGAUCACUUAAAGCAGCACCAAAGAAUCCACAAAUAAUUUUAGUCCAUGACUACAAACCCAUCAGCCUAUGAAGAAAUGAGUACAGCUGAAGGAUUUUCCCUGCUAAGCCUUUGUUUGCCCAGCCCCUAGCACUGUGCUGGCAUAUAGUAGGUGCUUAAUAUUAUUCAUAAACAGUUAAGAUUUUCAUUUAUUUUUCCUAAGACAUACAAGGAAUACAUGUGUGCAUGUCAAUAGAAUUAAAAGCACUCUUCAUUCACUGCCCUCUCCAGGGGCUGCUGCUUCUGUCGUGUGCUAUAAUCUUUCUAGAUCUUGCUCUGUACAUUCACCUCUGUGUGUACAUGUAAAAAUGUAUAUAUGUCAACAAUUGACAUAUAUACAUAGUUCAGAUAUGUAAAGAAUGUAGCAUUCUAUAUCUGAGCUCACGUCUCUUUGGAGCUCCAUUUUUAUGGGGUUGAGGAGAGGAAUACUUGACCACUUCUAGUGUAAAAUGGUCUCGGAUUAAAUAAAACUCACUUGGAUGAGUACUUAAUCUGUUCAAAAGUUGAA